GAAUGCUUUUGGAGGUCACCCCAGUUGACGCUGUCUUGGAGGGCUGAUGGGCGGCUUUAGAGCUCCGGGAUGAAGCUCAGGCUUCGGAGCGGGCACUGAAGAGAGCCCACGGAAGGGGGGUGGAACCUGGGACUCGAGCGGACCAGAACUGACCGAGGCCUUAUAUGGGGGACGUAGCACGAACGGCGCGUGGUGCACCAGGCAGGCUGAGGCAGGAGGAUUGCUCCUCCCAGGGCCUGCGGUGCAUGCAGUGUGAGGAUAACCACAGCUGUGUGGUGAAGGAGUGUGCCCUGGGCCAGGAUCUUUGCAGGACCACCGUGCUCCGCGAAUGGGAAGACGGUGACGAGCUGGAGGUGGAGGUGAGAGACUGCGCCCAUUAUGAGAAGACCAACAGGACCAUGAGCUACCGGGUGAACUCAAAGAUCAUCAGCCUGGCCGAGGUCGUGUGUGCCACGGACGUGUGCAACAGGAUGAGGCCUGGAGCCCGAAGGGUUGCCUUUCCCCCGGGCCGCCACCUCGAGUGUAUGUCCUGCAGCUCUCUGGAUCAGAGCUGUGAGAGGGGCCGGGAGCAGAGCCUGCAAUGCCGCCACCCCAGAGAACAGUGUGUUGAUGUGGUCACCCUGCAGAGCGCGGAAAGGAGCUUGAAGGAUGAGAACUACACCAGAGGCUGCGGCACUCUUCCGGGUUGCCCGGGCAUAGCCGGUUUCCACAGCAACCACACCUUUCACUUCCUGAAAUGCUGCAACUCCACCCACUGCAAUAGCGGCCCAGUUCUGACUCUCCAGGACUUCCCACCGAACGGCUUCCGGUGUUACAGCUGUGAGGGGAACAGCACCCACGGGUGUUCCUCCGAAGAGACUUCCCUCCUUGACUGCCGGGGACCGAUGGAUCGGUGCCUGGAGGCCACGGGCUUAGAUGUGCUGGCAAACCGGACUUACACCGUGAGAGGCUGCGCUACGGCUUCCUGGUGCCAAGGCUCGCACGUGGCAGACGCCUUCCUCCUGGCCCACCUCAACGUGUCGUGCUGUGAUGGCAGUGCUUGUAAUGACCCCAGAAGCGGUGCCCCCAGGCCGGACCCUGCUCGUCUAGGCUUCAUCGUCUGCCUGCUCCUGACCGGCAGGCUAUGGGGCGCCCUCCUCUCGGCCUGAGUCCUGAGCCCCAAACCCUGGCUGGACCCAGGGACUUCGUCCUCCCUCAUGUAUGCCACUGUGUUGUUGUCUUCGAGCCUCAGUUUCUCCAAAACCAGAAGAGAAGUAGGGCAAGGGCUGCGGGCAGCAGGGGGCUCUUGGUUGAGUUAAUAUUGUUGCUGUCGUUAUUGUUAUUACUCUAAUUUAUUAUAUAUAUUUAUAAAUAAAAGAUUUUUUAUACCAGUGAA